AUUACCAAUUUUGUUAACAGUUUCACAUCUGUUUUCCAAGUUUCUCAACGAUUUCAGUUUUCGACUUCGACAAAAUGACCGACACAGUAGUAUCCAGUCCAGCAGCUCCGGUUGUUUCGUCACCGACUACCAAAAAGUCACCGUCCAAAAAGAAGACGACCGCCGCUGCCAAAAGUGCCGCUUCAAAGAAGCCCUCAGCUGCACAUCCACCAACGUCUGUUAUGGUUACAUCAGCAAUCAAAGAACUGAAAGAGCGAAAGGGAUCGUCUUUGCCUGCAAUUAAAAAGUAUCUUGCCGCCAACUAUCAAGUUGACCCAGCCAAGUUGGCACCAUUCAUCAGGAAGUUCUUGACCGCUUCCGUGACGAGCGGUGUAAUAAUCCAAACUAAAGGUCAUUAUAAGCUGGCUGUAGCCGAAACUAAACCGAAAAAAGCCGUCGUGGCGAAGAAGCCAAUCGCGAAGAAAGUGAAAAAACCCACUAUCGCCAGUACGCCUAAGAAGAAGAAGCCAGCUUCAAAAAAAGCUAAAGCCUCCGGUGAACCAGCCGCCAAAAAGGCGAAAAAAACUCCGACCAAGGCUCCUAAGGCCGUAAAACCUAAAAAAAAGGCCCCGGCUAAAUCAACUGCUGUUAAAUCCAAAACACCGAAGAAAACCGCCGCAGUUAAGAAGGCUACCAUUCCAAAGAAGAAGUAGAAUUUUGUUAUAAUGGUUUACUCCUUAAAAAGGCCCUUUUCAGGGCCACCAAAAUAUCUUAUCCCUACUACUACAU